AUGUCCAAAUCACACCCAGGAACACUGCAUGAAUAUGCGCCCAAGCUAGUCGCCUUUGAAUUCACCAGCUCCACAUCCCGAAAACCACACAGUCUCAUCUUCAUCGGCGGCCUGACAGAUGGCCUUUGCACCGUCCCCUAUGUAGCACCCCUCGCCGCCGCCCUCGAACCAACCGACUGGUCCGUCUUCCAGGUCCAGCUCUCCUCCUCCUUCGGUGGCUGGGGCAUAGCCAGUCUCGACAAGGAUGUCGAGGAGAUCGCGAAAUGCAUCGACUUCGUCCGCACCCUCAAGGCCUCGUCCGCCUCGGCAUCGGCACCAGGGAAGAUCGUCAUCAUGGGCCAUUCGACUGGAAGCCAGGAUGUGUUGCACUACCUUUAUACUCAGGGAAACCGUCCUGUAGUCGACGGUGCGAUCCUGCAAGCGCCAGUGUCCGAUCGUGAAGCCCUGCUGGCGGAGACGCGCAAGCCAGGCGAUGUGGGUGCCGAGGCAAAGGGCUCAUGGGAGCAGCUGGUUUCACUGGCGCGCCAGGCUCCCGUAGGCGAUAUCAUUCUACCCUUGAAUCUGAGCAGCAAGGUUGGCUUGCCGCCUGACCCUGUCAGUGCGCGGCGGUUCUUGAGUCUAGCAAGUCCAGAUAGUCCUGGCAAGCCGGCAGAGGAUGAUCUGUUUAGCUCGGAUUUGACGGAUCAGCGGCUGCGCGAGACGUUUGGGGCUGUGGCAACGCGGGGGUUAUUGAGGUCCAAGCUGCUGGUGCUGUACUCGGGGAACGAUGAGUUUGCGGCGCCGUGGGUGGAUAAGGAGGCGCUGAUGGCGCGGUGGAGGGAGGCGACAGAUGCUGGGAAGGCUAGGACGUGGGAUCAGAAUAGCGGGAUCAUACCGGGGGCAAGUCACAAUGUCAAGGAUCAGGGGCAGGCUAAUCUUGCUGAGCGCAUUACUCGCUAUCUGAACGGUAUCUAG